UCUCUCUCUCUCUCUCUCUCUCUCUUUCUCUCUCUCCGCGAGUCGCGAGUGAAAACGAGCCGGGCAGCGCUGCGCCGACCUUCACCAUUUUGGUACACGCGACGUGCGGUGCCGUAGCGUACGUAAAGCUCUCGUACGUUCUCCCUCGUCGAUCCUCGCCUGACCAAGGAUAUCCGCGAGGAGGAAACUCGCCGAAUUUUGUCGGAAUGCGCGCGGGGCGACCGGUCCGCUGCGUGGAUUCCGUGACGAAACGACGGCGACGCCGGUCUGGGGGUUGCUAGCCUCCCUCACAACUCCGCCUCUCGUUCCCGUCACUCUAUUCGCCUCUCGCUCGCGCUCUUUCCCUUUCUCUACUACGAAGGGUGGGUGGUGAUACGCCGGUGGCAGUGGCGGCAGUAGUGUGUGGAUGCUUGUACCGCCGCGUGCACGGGUUCACCUACGUGAGCCAUUACACGGGUCCUCGGCUUUCUCGCCGACUGGGAGGCUAUACGAGCGGUCACGGUUCACGGACGCAAAUUUUGCCCACCUUCGUCCACGCACUUCUUUUCUUCCGUCGUCCUCGUCUCCUCGUACGUCCUCAGGGUAUGCCGACGCUCGACGUGCUCGCUCUUACAUCGUAAACUCUUACCCGUUCGUCUUGACCGAAAUUCGCGGUGUGUUCGAUCCCUACGUGUCGAUACGUCGACCGAUCAUGUAUGCGUGUGCUUUGUUGUAAGGAUGCAUCGUACCGCUGCGGCAACUACCCUCAUCGUCGCGUGCUGAUUGCUGAGAUCCGCGCGAAUCGGCGACGGUGCGGCACGAGAGACCGAAGGGAAUACGUGCAACGAGAUGCCAGCUUUCGUGCCGUUCGCGCCGCAUCCUGGGAGAUACGAUUACCCCGCGAGAACGACGACGACGACGACGACGACGACGACUACGUUCGUGGGAGCACUCGGCGGCUUUUGCACUUUUCCACUAAAUCAGCCCCACGUUAACGUCCCGACGGAUGCGCCGCGCGCCCCGAUCUACGAUCGAUAAACGUCCGCGAGAAGCGUCUCAAUUCGAACGUCGUGAUUCUUUCGUUGACGUCGAACGUCGGAACCGCGGAAGAGCAAGAGAGGAGGAAGAUUUCGCGUGCGAUGUGCGUGACGGGGAAGACAUACGAGCAAGAAAUGGAUGGGAAAAGUACGUUCGAAUCUUAGCCCGCUCUGCCCCGUAAAUAGCGUUUUGUAACCCCCGUCACGUGAAAUCGAUAUACCUUAAGAGCCGGUCCGUGAGGUCGUUCGUCAGACCGGUGCUGCCUGCUGUUUCACCCCGCGGAAGUGGAAGAGAGAGUGCGCGGCUAGUCUACAGGGAGUCUGCGGGAGGUGGUGGACAGGAACGGGGUUGGCUGAAUAAAAGAAGAUGCACAGGAAAAGGCCAACGUUUCUCACCGACAUGGGACUGCUAAUGUUCUUAGCGGUAACAGCCUCUCUGUUGGGUUACUGCCAAACGGACGAAAAAGUGUCGUUUUACGGGGCGAGCUACAUCCAUCUUCCGGUUCAAGAGGCCAAAGGUGCUACUGACAUCAGUUUCCGGUUCCGAACUCAUCUCGCCGAUGCUAUGCUGCUAUUGGCUGCUGGCAAGACGGAUUACUGCCUGAUCAAACUCGAAGCCGGCAGAUUGAAGGUUCACAUUAAUCUGGGCGCGGGUGAGAAUGAGAUGGCGAGCGCCCGCGGACUGACACUGAACGACCUCAGUUGGCACGAGGUUAAUUUGACAAGACGCGAGGCCAACAUCAGCCUGCAGAUCGACGUGAUACACACGACGAGGUCCCAACUACCGGGACGCUUUUUCGAGCUCAACAUACACUAUGGCGUUUUCAUCGGCGGACAGGGCGAUUUCAACGAGCUAUUUCUAGGGCACACGGAUUAUCUGAGAGGAUGCAUGGCCGACAUAAUUUACAACGGCGCCAAAGUUAUAGAGUACGCCAGGUCGAGGAAGGGCCAGUCGGAGGCAACAGCCGUAACGUGGGGCUGCUCGCCGGAAUUCGACGCCACCAGGAGCACGGAAGUCAGCUUUGUCGAGGACGGCGCCUUCGUCGCCAUUCCGCGCCCCAUCCCGCGCUCCGGCUCGAGAUGGGAAUUCGAGCUGAAGACCGGCGCGGACAGUGGCCUGUUGCUCUAUAACACCGGGCAAUCAUCCUACGCCGAUUAUCUUGGCAUCGAGCUCUUCGAGGGUAAGAUACGACUGUUGAUGAACAAGGGGAACGGUCCGACCGAGCUGACGCACGGCACCCUGGUGUCCGACGGAAAAUGGCACAGCGUGAUCGUGGACUUCAACCCGAGCAGCCUCGGCAUCGCCAUCGAUCAUUACGAGAAAACAAUGGCUUUGCCGUCCGGCGGCAAUCGGUUCCUCGACCUGGCGGAAACACUGUACAUCGGUGGUACGGAGUUGAACAAACGCGCCCGGGCCCUAAGUAAGGGUCUCAAGUCUGGCGACGUGAGCUACAAGGGCUGCAUACGAAACAUGGUCCUCGACAACAAGGAUCUCGGUUUACCGGACGUCAAGGUCAGCCAGGGUAUCGUCGUGAAUUGCGUUUGGGGAUAUCCCUGUAUCGAGGCCGACCCCUGUGUAUCUGGUGCGUCAUGCAUGCAACUGGGCGUCAACUCAUUCAGGUGCAACUGCAACCAGUCGCUGUGCAUCAAGCCGAAUUACGCCGAGGACUACAAGAUCUAUUCAAAUACCACUCUUCCUGUAAAUUUGGAAAUUCUCUCGCUGAGCCCUCUAUUAGUUUCCGAAGGAGAGCACGUGCUAGUAACGAGCGAAAACAUCGCGAUGGUGCUGGACAUCGCCAAAUACGGCGUGGAAGAGACUGGCGUUACAUUUACCUUGGUAACACCGCCAACUUACGGAACAUUGGCGUUAGAUCUUCUAACAUCUAGAAACGAUAAUUCCUUCACGUUGCAAGACAUCAAUCAAGAUAAGAUACAGUAUAUACAUGACGGUAGCGAAACCACAGAGGACAGCAUGAUUCUGGAAUUGACGUUGGUGGCCGGGACGGGUUAUACCCUUCCAGGAUACCUCCAAGGACGCCUCAGGUUCCCUCUUCACGUUAAUGUCACUCCUGUCAAUGACCCGCCGUUACUCGAGAUACCAACCGCGAAAGUGCUGCGUCUGGCCCAAGGUACAAGAAAAAUACUGACGAAGGAGUUAAUAUGGGCCAUAGAUGCCGACACACCGUCGGAAAUGCUGAUUUAUACGAUUCUACGAGCAGAUACUGAUGCUGGGCACAUCGAGAGAGUUACUUAUCCGUUUCGACCUAUCGACACAUUUACGCAAGCCGAAUUAAUGCAAGGUCUUAUCGCGUAUGUGCAUCGUGGAAAUGCUAAACCAAAUGCAAUGCUGGGUUUACAAGUGAGCGAUGGCAUCGAGACCAGUCAACCAGCGUAUCUGCGCGUAUCAGCUUAUCCGUUGCAAAUCAAGCUCACACACAAUACCGGUCUCAUUGUGGUUCACCGUUCGUUCUCUUACUUGACAACGGCGAAUCUCUCGUUCGCCACAAAUUCAGACGAUAAUACCAUCGACAUUCGUUACGACAUCGUCUCGCCACCGCAGUUUGGUGCUUUGCAAAAGCUGAAGGACGUCUCCGGUAGUUGGACGAAUGUAGACCAUUUCACCAGUCGAGAUGUGGAAUUACACACCGUUCGUUAUCUUCAUAAUGUCGGCAGUCCUAAUCAAGACGAGUUUAAAUUCCAAGCUAGCGUGCGCGAAGUGAAAACACAACAGACCUACGAAUUUCGUAUUACCUUCAUCGAUCUCGAGCUGAAGGAGAUUAGAAGAGCACCUGUCAAUCUCACCAAUAUAUCAAGUAUUAAUAUAACGAGCAACCACUUGAAGUACCAGACGAAUCCAUUAGUUACUUCACCAAAUAAAAUUGUCUUCACUGUUACAACGGGACCAAGAUACGGCAAUUUGUUUCUGCUCGAUCGUAAACUCAUGAAGGCGGAUACCUUUACGCAGGAGGAUAUUGAGACCGAUAGAUUGAGCUACCGUCUGUUUAGGCGAUCUUAUUCCAAUAUUCUCGACGAAAUAACGUUUAAAGUUAACGCACCUCAAUGCGUCGACAUACAUGCCAAUUUGAAACUUCGAUAUUAUCUUGGCAAGAAUAGCAAAUCGCUGGAGGGCGUGGAGAAUUUGAAAGUUGAUGAAGGAUCGAAAGUGCCUCUGAGAAUCACGCAUGUGAAUCCAAAAGAAUACGGUGUAUUCUCUCUGAUAUACAAUCUUACGAUGAAACCGAAUCACGGUUGGCUCUCCGUUGCGAAUAGUUCGACGUCGCAGGAUCAAAAGAACGUCUCGUCUUUUACAUUCGAGGACGUAUUGACGCAAAUGGUGUAUUAUGUGCACGAUGAUUCCGAGACAAAAGAGGAUUCUUUUGAGUUCGUGGCGAUGUCCCUGGGCCCCAUGGACUUCAUGUAUGUCGGAAAAUUUCGAGUUGAGAUCAUCAUGAGAAACGAUAAUCCGCCAGAACGAACGGUCAAUAGGAUCUUUCACGUCGUGUUGAAAGGGGAAAAAUUGAUAACGAAUAAAGAUCUUGCGUAUAUGGAUAAGGAUGUUGGUACUAGAGCGAGUGAACUUAUUUACACCAGAAGAGAUACUCGGAAGAGUGCGUUGUAUAGAGUGACUAAUCCCUCGGAGCAGAUACGCGAGUUUUCGCAACAAGAUAUCAACGACGGUGUGAUACUUUUCCGACAUCAUGGGGGGGAUGAACAUGAAAAAAUUGAAUUCGGCAUCACCGAUGGUCACUUUUACAAAAUUGGCGUUCUUGAAAUUCAAGCCAGCCCGCCGUACAUCAGGUUACGCGAGAGCAAUGGUUCAGUUGUUCAGUUCAAUAAAUCCGUGGUGCUUCGAUCAAAAGAGUUAGAAAUAGAGACGAACGUGUAUGUUACUGAGAAGGACGUCAAGUACAGUGUGUGGGAGAAACCGAAACACGGUAUACUGAUGAAACAUGGCAGAGAGUCGAAUAGUUUUACCGAGGAUGAUCUGAAGCACGGUAGCGUGUUGUAUAAGCAUCUAGGUGGAUCUUCAACAAAAGACGCCUUUAGAUAUAAAGUGUCCGUUAAGGGCGCGGAUGCCGAAGGCGUGUUUGCGAUUAAAGUUUAUCCAGAGAGCUAUUGGGAACCAUUAAUUGUUCAAAGUAACAAGACUAUAUUCAUCGAGGAAGCUACUAGCGUUCUGCUGAAUCAGAAGAGCCUCGAGAUAAUGCAUCCUAAAAUAUCGCCAACCGAAAUUAUCUAUUUCAUACAAGAGUGGCCGCAGAACGGCUACUUAGAUCUGCAGAUCCACGAUGAACACAACGAGGAGAUGAGAGAGGAGUAUAGCGGUAACGCGGUGAAGCAUUUCGAGCAGAGUCUGAUAAAUGACAAUCGUGUCUUCUACGUUCAGUCGGUGAUGAAUCAAACGAACGACCAUUUCAUUGUAGACGUAACUAAUGGUAUUACGUGGUUACGCGGUCUAAGUGUGAACUUUGUGAUAGUGCCAGAGAAACUUUACGUCGAGGCGAAGAGUCUCACCGUUGUGGAAGGGAAAGAUGUGAUACUGGACGAAUCGAAUUUCUUGGUUGUGACACCGUAUUACGUCGGCAAGGUGUCGGAUUACAGAGUAGUAGAAAAGCCAAGGCACGGCACGAUUCUCGAUUCUACUAAGAAUGCUCAGGUGAAGAAAUUUUCGCAGAAACAUCUGAAUGCCGGGGUCAUAUUGUAUAAACAUAACGGGGACGAAUCUUCGAACGACUCCUUUAGGAUGGUAGUCACCGCUGGUGAUAAGAUGAGCGAGCCUUUUAACGUAUCAGUCAUUGUUCAACCUGUUAACGACGAGGUUCCUGUGCUGGUGAAUAGAACCAAGUUAAACGUCUGGCAAGAUGGAUCCAUUCUUUUGACAUCGACAAACUUAGCGGCUGUGGACAAUGACACUGCCCCUUUCGAUAUAAUAUUCAACGUUACUGGAGUGAGAAAUGGAUAUAUCUCAUUAAUCACUUCACCUGAUAUCGAUAUUUAUAAUUUUACACAGAGUCAAAUCAACGAAUUGCAAAUAAUGUUCACACACACGAAUGGAACUGACGGCGAAUUCAACUUUGUUUUAAGCGAUGGUGUACACAUAACUAAGUCUUAUACGAUUUUGGUCGCCACAAAGCCAAUUCAUCUGAACAUCGAACACAAUAUGCCCCUUAAUGUCUUCCCCCUUACUAGGAAAUUAAUAUCAGACAAACUCUUAUUAACGACGUGUUCUGACGAAGCGAGGGAGAUUAGAUACACUGUACGAAACGGGCCCCAUUUAGGUAAAGUUAUAAUGGAGACAAGUGAAGGGGUAUGGCUGGAGGUCGAGCGAUUUACUCAGAAAGAUAUAAACAAUAGCAAAGUGAUUUAUGAGCACACUAAGCAGUUCAUGGAUCUUACGGCCAAUGACUCUUUCACAUUUGACGUCGAAACUCAUUCCACUGGAGCUUUAACAAAUCAGAUUUUCCAAAUAGAUAUAUCAGUUUCGAGCGGUGGCUUAGAUAGGUAUAUCUCUGCGAAAAACGUAAGAGUCAUAGAGGGUGGCUCCGCGGGAGUCGUCAUGAACAUUAGCGGUAUCGUAUCGUUUCUACAGACCAACGCCGGAAUUGAAAAUCCGAUAGUAUUAUCGAGAUUGGUUCAACAGCCUAGUCAUGGGCAUGUCAUGUUAUUGCCGGAUCUAAACGUGACCACCUUUACACAACCGCAAAUUGAGGGUGGAAAAAUUGCUUACUAUCACGAUCACUCGGACACUCUGGAAGAUCGCAUUCAAUUCUCGUUAUACUUGACACCCGGCCAGGUGUUACUUUGCAACACCAGUGUUCCUGUCGUCAUUGAACCGAUCAACGAUCAGCCCUUCAAACUCGUCACCAACACCCCAUAUAUUACGGUUGUGCAAAAUCAAAAUCAGACCAUCACCCGAGAAAACCUUUUGACCAUCGAUCCCGACACUCCACCGGAAGAAAUCAUCUACGACGUGAUUUCAGAACUAACGGACCGACACACGUUCAGCAGACUACUGCUCUUGCCUUUUGAUCAGAACACCUCCGAAGUACGCCCGGUGAAUAAGUUCACUCAGUACGACGUGGAUUCUAAUCGAGUGGUAUACGAACACAAUGGAACAUUAAAACCUGCUUCUUUUUACUUUAGAGUCUGGGAUGGUGCCUAUACUCCGAUCUAUACCGUUUUUAACGUCCACGUUCUACCUAUACGAUUGAACGUGACGGUAUCCGGUCCGGUUAGUUUACAACAAGGAUUGAACGUGGCACUUAUUACGGAGAACGACGUUAAACUUGACACAAACGCGCGUCAAGAUCUGGUGAUUUACGAAAUUACGACGUAUCCGAAGUAUGGAGUACUGUAUGUACGAGAUAGCACCGCGACGACAUUCAAGCAAGCCGAUUUGCUGUCAAAAAGUGUGAUGUUCAUGCAGACUGACAUGACAGUGUCGAACGACAGUUUAGAAUUGUCGGCGCGAUUGAGCGGCUUCGAGCAGAAACACAUACGUGUCGAGAUCAAGGUCGUGCCUCUCAUGAUCAUGAACACGAUGACGGCAUUGGCGGGCGAGAAGAAUCGAGUAACUCUGCAAUAUCUAGACGCGACUCCUCUAGCGAAGUUAACGACCAGCAAUCCCUUUUAUACCAUUGUGAGAAAGCCGAAGUACGCGAAGAUCAAGAGGAUCAUCAGGAGCUCCUCGUCGUCCGGUGAGAAGAGAGGCACGCGCGAGCGAGAAGUGGCCCGUUUCUCACAUCAGGAAAUUAUCUCCGGUGUGAUAUAUCUGGUGUGCAGAAAAAUACCGUCGAUAGACGGCGUCGUGGAUAGCUUCAGCUUCAUCCUCGCGGCGUCUAUUUUUCAACCGGCUGUGAGUGACUUCGAGUUCCACAUUAAGCUCGACAUGGACGACGAUAAUAUUACCCUGGGCGGUCCGAUGGAUCCGGUCGGUCACGAGGGUGAAAUGGCGAUUGCUCCGAAUAUGAGCAACGAUUAUCUGCUUAUUCUCGGCAUGCUGCUCGGCGUGUUCCUUCUCGGCGUAGUUGUAAUUAUCACGAUUAGAUGUCGGCACAAUAAGUACAAGCAUGCCGAGGAGGAAAAACCGGAAACCGCACCCGCCGUCGGCGUGAUGCCACUUCCGAGACCUCCGGAUCAUUUGAUGCCCGCCACUCCGCAUCUGAAGCCUUUCGGCAACGAUCACAAUAGCGUGACAGCCAGCACACCACUGCCGAUGUUGCCCUCGACGUUACCUCAGUGUAAAGUGAUACCCUUGAGUCCUCUGGAAAGCGGUUCGGAGGUCGACGUAGCCGCCAGAUAUCCCUACGGCGUGGCGGACGGCGAUGAAUGGAGUAGCUUCGACACUUCCGAUCUACCCUGUCAAUCGGCCACAACUCAAAGGAUCAAGAAGAACCCGUUAUUGAGGAGGGAUCAAUACUGGGUCUAGCAAGAGAGAAACACGUUGCGGUUUACGCGAAGGAAGCCGUAGCGUCUCACGACGUGUUUCAUGCGAAAAUCGAAACUAUCGUGGAUAUCACGGACUUGAUGUGCUUAAGGAAAGUGAAAUCUGCGAUGAAGUUUAUGGAAAUUACUUGUCGAAGGCCCGCGGUCACCGCGUUGAACAUAUAUGCGCCGAAUGGUGAAAUGACAUUCGACGAUUUGCAAACUCGAUAAUCUCGGUGCAUCCGAUUCUAAAUUUGAACAAGUGAGGGAACUCUUAGAUUACGAGAGAGAAGACCUAUGGAUCGAAAAAUCGAUCUAUGAUCGAUAAUUCGCGAUCCGGGAUAGUUUGCAGUGUCUCGUGUAUUAUUAGCUUAAAACAGGAUGUAAACAGGAAAUCUAGAUCUUCUUGAAUGUCACGACUAUCGCCGCUAUCACGAGCUCAAUGUGCCUAAGAAAUGUCUGACUCUGCUGACAUUCUUUCCAUUAAUCACAAAAAACACGUCGAUUUUUCGUAUGUCUAUACCGUAUCCCUUUCUUCCGGCGGAUUGAAAUAAAUUCGAUCGUUGAAAACACAGACCGAAGGCUCACUAAAGCGCAGAAAGACUUUUACGACAAAUUCGAUUCUGGUCUGUAAAUGAAAAGUCCGUCGGUAUACUGGCUCGUUCUAGAGUUCAGAUUUUCAGGUAGAAAGAUUUUAUGUUCCUUUACCAUCUCCAUUUUUACACCUUUUGUAAAUCUAGAAUAGUAAGAUCGUUAUAAAAGUGGCAUUUAUCGACUCAGAUCAAAAUCAAAAUAUUAAAACUUAAAAAAGGCAAAACUUCUGUUCCGCCUUAAAAGUUAUAUUACAGAGGAAACAUCGAGUAAUCGGGAUAAUACAGGAACUUUGUGACACUGUAUCGUAAAAUGAUUAAAUAUAUAUAAUGUAAUCGAGAA